GCCAUUACCCACCCACGCCCUCAUCUUAUUGUUGUAUAUGACCUUAGUCAGAACAUUAUUACUCUGUUACCCACUCACCCCUCGCCAACAUGGUGCCCAAAACCUUCGAAGCAGGUUACGCGAACACCACAGGCUUCAAAAAGGUGGUCAAGGCCACCAUAUAUAUCAAAAAGAAGGAUGGCAUGUCGGAUGCUGAUUUCAUUGAUUACUAUAACAACAAUCAUGCCCAGCGCGCCAUUCCCAUCCUCCAGCGACAUGGCAUCAUCAGCUACAGUCUUACGUACCACCUAGAACGCGACAGGAAGGUGGUCCAAGACAUCAUGCAUGGCAAAGCAAAGCUUAUGGACUACGACGCCAUAUGUACUUUUGUUUUUCCCGACUACCUUGCGCUGGCCAAGUUCAUGUAUGACAAAGACGGUGCUGCUCUGAACGGAGACCAUGACAACUUCAUGGACGACAGCCAGAUGAAGAUGAUGGUCGGCGAUGAGUACAUGUUGAUAGAGAAUGGUGAAAAGGCCGGGUAAUGGAUUUGCCGUGGAACAUGGAAAGAGACAAAGUCUCUGUGGGGUAUCAUUGAACCGUACCGAUCGUACAAAUACAGACGAAGAAAUCAUGCCGUGUCUAUCUCCGGCCCUUA